CACAUUUAUCUCAUUCUCUUUCCGGUCGUCGACUCGUGCGGUUGUGUUUUUUGGGCAUCGCAGGAUUUUCAGUAGAAUAUUUUCCUAGAUACAUAUCUGGAGAGUGUGUGUGUGUUUGAAGGUGAAAAUAUUUUUUAGCCGACAUGGAUGGUGGAAUUAAAGCUGAAGGAGUAAAUGGUGCUGCUCCAUUACCUCAAAGAGCCCAGAAAAAUAUGCAGCAAGGCAAUAAAAAGCCGAAUUUAAAUGUUCAGCAGCAAAAGCAAAAUGACAAUGUCGAUGGGGCACCGGCGGAGAAAAAACCACGUUUUAACCAGAAUGGUCCAAAUCAAAACCAAGGUGGUGGUGGACCCGGUGGUGGUAACCAGAAUAAAGGAGGUUUCGGAAAUCAGAAUCGAGGAGGUUUUGGUGGGAAUCGUAAUCGUAACCAGCAGCAAAAUCGUGGGAACCAGAAUCAGAACCCAGGCAACUUAAAUAAUCAGCAAAACCAGAACAAACCAAAUCAACCUAACCAACAAAAUCAACCCAACCCACAAAAUCAACCUAACCAACAAAAUCCACCGAAUCAACCAAAUCAAACUCCAGCAGAUGCAAAGCCUGCAGUUGACGGAAAUCAGGCAGCAGCUAAGAAGGAUCAAGGAGGACCACCUCAACCACUACAGCAGCAACAGCAACCGUCACAACCACAACAGAAUCAGCAACGUAAUCAACAACAAAAUCAACAACCACAACAUCAAAAUCAGAAUCAGAAUCAGAAUAUGAACCAACAACAGAAUCGUAAUCGUGGUGGUGGUGGUCAACAAGGUGGCGGUGGUCAUCAAGGUGGAGGUGUUCAUCAAGGUGGAGGUGGUCAUCAAGGUGGAGGUGGUCAUCAAGGUGGAGGUGGUCAUCUAGGUGGAGGUGGUCAUCUAGGUGGAGGUGGCUAUCAAGGUGGUGGUGGUCAUCAAGGCGGUGGCCCAGGUGGCGGCCACGGAGGUCAUCAAGGCGGUCAAAAUAGAGAUCGCAGCCGUGGUGGACGAGGUGGUCCAGGAGGCGGUGGUGGCGGCGGCGGUAACCAAGGUGGCCCAUAUAGUAGGGGCGAUGAAUUCUUUAUUGGACAACGUCUGCGAGCCAUGGGAGGGCCAACAUACGAAAUACAGCCAGUUGAAGCAACCGAAGAACCUAAAUUUUCAGGACGCAAUCGUUUAUAUGUUGGUAAUCUAACUAAUGAUGUAUCAGAAAAUGAGUUGCGUGAGAUGUUUAAACCUUAUGGCGAAAUUGGAGAAAUAUUCUGUAAUGCUGAGAAAAAUUUUACAUUCCUAAAGUUGGACUUUCAUGCAAAUGCACAGCGUGCAAAGCGUGAGUUGGAUGGUACCAAUCGCAAGGGUCGGCAAUUACGCGUGCGUUUUGCACCAAAUGCCACGAUACUACGCGUUAAAAAUUUAACACCUUUUGUAUCAAAUGAAUUGCUCUACAGAUCUUUUGAAGUUUUUGGACCCAUCGAGCGUGCAAACGUUGUGGUUGAUGAUCGUGGCAAAUCUACCGGAGAAGGUAUUAUUGAAUUUGCCAAAAAAUCGUCGGCAAAUGUGUGUCUACGUUUCUGCAGUGAGAAAUGUUUCUUCCUCACCGCUUCUUUACGGCCAUGUGUGGUUGAGCCGUUCGAAGUAAAUGAAGACGAUGAUGGUUUGCCAGAUAAAUCACUAAAUAAAAAAUCGCCAGAAUUCAAUCAUGAACGCAGUGUAGGGCCGAGAUUCGCAGAAAUUGGUUCAUUCGAACAUGAAUAUGGUACCAGAUGGAAGCAAUUGCAUGAAUUGUUUAAAACAAAGCAAGAAGCACUAAAACGAGAACUUAAAAUGGAAGAAGAGACUGAGGCCCAAAUGGAAUAUGCUCGCUAUGAGCACGAAACUGAAUUGCUCAGACAAGAGUUGCGGAAACGCGAAUCCGAUAAUGAACGCAAGAAGAUGGAGUGGGAAAUGCGUGAGAAACAGGCAGAAGAAAUGCGCAAACGCGACGAAGAAAAUAUGCGUCGCCAACAAACUGAAAUGCAGACACGAAUGUUGCGUCAAGAAGAAGAUAUGCGCCGCCGUCAACAGGAAAACACAUUGUUUAUGCAAGCACAGCAACUGAACUCAUUGCUUGACCAGCAAGAAGGCUUUGGCGGUAACAAUAAUGGAGGUAAUAAUUUCGACAACUUUGGUCGAGCAUCCAACAAUUCGCCAUUUGAAUUCAGAGGCGGCAAUGCCGGUGGUGGUAAUAGUGGCAACGGCACUGGCAAUGGGCCUAAUAAUCCACAGGUUUAUGAAAGGCGACAACAACGCGAGCGCGAGCGUGAGCGCAAACCCGAAAGAAGAAUCGUUCCUGAAGACACGAUCGAGAAGAAUGAUUCGAAAGCGCCACCACCACCGCCAUUUAAUGUGAGAGCGGGACAAAACGAAGCCGGCGGCGGAUUGCCUUCUGAUAUCAAUUGGGAUCUGGUUAAAGAGCUUCUAUGCGCUUCGCUCCAAUGCUGAUAGGAUGAGGGGAGUCAACCAACAUCCAUAUCAGAAUGGGGAAAAACAUAACAGAAGUUUUGAGGCAUUUGCCUAAUCAACCAAAG